CAUCGCUCCAACUCUCGUUUCCCACCCCCGAUUUUUCCCUGUUUUGUCUGUCUGUCCAUGUUCUUCCAUCUGCUGAGCCAUCGAUCUCCCAGUAUCUCUGAGUGCUUCUUGUUCCCUGAUUGAGUCGGACUUGCUGUCCGACUUGUGUGCCUUUUUCCUUCUUUACCCAUCAUGUCUGCCGUUGCCGUCAACUCUCAGGGUCAGAGCGCUCGUCAGUCAACGCGCCAGACGAGAACGAACCCAUCUCGCACAUCCAAGACAUUGGGCCGCUCAUCCUUCGCUUAUGGCCAUGGCUCCAUGGCAGAUACCCAAUCUGCGACCCCUGUGGCCCAUGGCUUCUAUCCUGCUCUCACCCAUUUCACGGACGCCAUUACGGCCCUCCCCAGGGAAUUUCGUCGUCAUAAUUCGUUGCUCAAGGAGGUCGAUGCGAAGGCUUGGGCUCUCGAGGAUAAUUUGCUCCAAUUGCUGAGGUCCGCUUCAGAGUCGCAGCCUGUGCCGUACCCCUCUACUCCGAUCCCCGAAUCUCAGGAAAGCAAAGACCGCCGGAUCCUGUUCCAUCGUGUGCGCCAUACGCUUACGGAUCUGAUGAUGACCGCGGAUGAGAAAAACCACGUUAUAUCGAAUGCGAACGACGAAUUGGACCGACAGCUCACACGGCUUGAUUCUAUCUUCCCAUUCAUCGCGGGGGAGAUCAGCGAUGAGGCUCGUCUGGGAAGUCUCACGCACUGGGCUUACACAAAUAGAAAUGCCCCUAAGACAACUACUAAUGAGCGUCCUCGUCGGGAGGCCGCGUCUACUAAGGAAUUGGCGCAUGCGAUCCAUGAGGCGGAGGCUGCUUCUCGGAGCGAAGCUAGGCGCGAAGCUGUCAUCGCGCGCAGGCAGCGUCGCACGCAUGCGGAUUCGGAUCUGGAUGAUGUACGUGCUGGUGGAGCUCGCAAGGGACAAUCUAGUAAAUCUCGCGGGGGUGCGGGCGCUGGUGAUCAGGCCGGACAUGGUCAGGGAAACACUGGGUCGGGCCAGGCUAAGCGGCGCAAGGUCGAGCGGCCCGCGCCUGUGGAGGCUGGUGCUGCGAUGGAGCGUACUGCUAGCAGCGCUAGUACUUCAAGGCAGGCUGCUUCGAAGGAUCCCGCUGAAGCUACGAAGAAGAGGCGGGCACCUAAUGCGAAUGCGGCUGCUCGGAAGAGAAACAACACCAAUGCAUCGGCAGUCGAUUCCCCAGUUCUGGCUCCGUCACCUGUUGUCGCUGCUGCGGCUAUCCCGCGAAGCGCUGUCAGUCCGGGACCUGGUGCAGUGCGGCCGCAGACGUCUCGCGCACAGCAGAAUUCCGGACAAGCAAACAAUGGUCGUCAGAGACCGUCAUCUUCUGCGUCCAAUCGCGUUACCAGCAAUGGCAAAGCUGCAGAACCUAAAACCACAAUUAAAGAGACGACAUCCAAAACCGAAGCUACCCCUACCUCGAAUCCAGAUACCCAACGAGAAACCGAAGAGCCCACCACAGACGCAUCUAAGGUCCCACCUCCUAUCAGCACUAAACGCGAAGACACCGAUGGAAAGCCCGCGCCGUCCAUCGAACCGGGCGAAGUCCCCGCACCGCCAGUCUCGAAUCCACCUCCCAAGGGCCGAUCAUCGAAGACAUCCACCCCGGUGCUACCCACCUUCUCCGAACCCACUCAGCGCGUACGACCUACCCGAAGCACGGAUCCCGCACCAGCCAAACGCUCCCACAAGAAGAACAGCAGCGUGCCGGUGGUGCAAGCGCGGGCCGUAUCGGAAGAGGAAGAGUCUCUCCACGAGGGAGAUGACGAAGACGAGGACGGUGAGCCCAGAUACUGCUACUGCAAUGAGAUCAGUUUCGGCGAGAUGGUGGCAUGUGAUAAUGACGCCUGCCCUCGCGAGUGGUUCCACUUGUCGUGUGUUGGGUUGACGAAGCCGCCUGGGAAGAAUGUCAAAUGGUACUGUAAUGAGUGUAAAGAGACUGACACAAUGUCCAACGAGAAAAUCGAGCUCCCUCCCAUUGCCGAGAUCGAAGCAUCAACCGAUAUUCUCAGCGACCCCUGCAAAUCCAUCAAAGUCGUCCGAGUAAAAGAGCGCUUCGCAAAUUUAGCGCCAUCUCUUUCUGAAAACCAGAAGAAGAAAGUCAGCGGGCGUAUCAAGGAGGCACUUGAUGAACUGCGACGUAUUCCUUCCCAGGGAUAUCUUGGGAACUUGGACCGAACACCUUACUACGAGGGCAUUCUCUCUACUCCCCUUGAUCGUGACCCGAGCAUAUCUGGUCCCUUUGACAACGAGGAACAAUUCAACCAGGGUAUCUUGAAAUGUCUAGGACAGAGGGAGUCGCCGCAUUAUGUCCGCUUGCUUGAUGGAGCGAUACAACGUACACUCAAAGGACACAGGAUUGUCUUCACCCAUGCGGAUCUUCAGCCGAAGAACGUCAUGGUUGAGGAACAGAAAGGAAUAACGAUUAUUGAUUGGGACUUGGCUGGCUGGUACCCUAAAUACUGGGACUAUUGUAAUUCGACGGUCUACUGCCAGGCGAAACCGGAGUGGCUUGAGUUAGUCCCGGAUGUCUUUGAUGAGUAUCCGGUGGAAUAUCUUAUGAUGCGAAUUUUCUACAUGUCGAUGUUUUACUGAGGAUUUCUGCAAUACACUUCAGCAAAGGAUGUGAUAGCCCAGAUUAUUUCCUACAUUCUUAGUGGAU